AUGUCGCCCUUGAAAGUUGCAGUUGUUGGUGCAAGUGGUAAGGUUGGACGUUUAUUGACGGACAAACUAAAGGCCAGUAGUAGUUUCUCAACACCAUUGGCAAUUGUUAGAACACAGGACCAAGUCGACUAUUUUAAGAAUGAAGUAGGUGUUAACGCAAGUUUGACCGAUAUAGAAAAUGCCUCAGUGAACGAGAUUGCAGACGCCAUUAGGGGUUGCGAUGCCGUGGUCUUCAGUGCAGGUGCAGGUGGUAAAGCAAUGGAAAGAAUUUUCACUGUCGAUCUAGACGGCUGUAUCAAGGUUGUUGAAGCAUGCGAAAAAGUUGGCAUAAAGAGAUUUGUUCUAGUUUCAGCGCUCAAGGCAGAAAAUAGAGAUUUUUGGUGUAACAUUAAGGGUUUGCGUGAGUAUUAUAUUGCAAAAAGAUCUGCUGAUCGCGAAGUUAGAAAUUCUGAAUUGGACUACACUAUUUUGCAACCUGGAUCGCUGGAAUUAAGUAGAGGCACUGGCUUAUUGCAGCCGAUUGACAGGUUAGAAGAAAAGGCUUCUGUCAACUAUUCUAUUAAUAGAGAGGAUGUAGCUUCUUUUAUCGUGCAAAGCUUGUUGCAUCCAGAUGUCACUGUCAAGAAAACCAUCUCGUUAGUGAAUGGUGAUGAACCAAUUGAAAAAUUCAUCCAAAGUUUGUAG